AUAUGUUUGAAAGUGAAACUUCUAAACAGCCAGGCAUAAAUCAUUUAAAUAAUCAUCAAUAUAAUGACAUAAGACGUCAUGGACUGGGAAGAAUGGAUCAGAUUUGCACCCAUUGUAAUGCUAAAUUUUGGAUAAAUGAAAAAGAUAAAAGUAGCAGCCUAACAUUUCUAUCUUUUGCUGUAUGUUGUGCUAGUGGUAAAGUUAAUUUACCACCUUCGUUAAAACCACCAUCAUAUUUGUUAAAUCUAUACACUUCAUCAAAUUCUAUUGCAACUUCAUUUCACAAAAAUAUAAGAGGAUAUAAUAACCUUUUGGCAUGCAUAUCAUUUGGAGCUAAUAUAAAUAAGGAAUUUCAAAAACAAGGAAUAUCUAACUUUCAAAUUCAUGGACAA